AUGUCUUUGCCUGUUCAGACCACAGCUUGCUGUACACGCCCUCCUAUCGUCCUGCGUGGAGGAUAUACCUACGAAGAAAAAGGAAAAUAUGUCGACUUCGGCGGCAUGAAAACAUACGUUACCGGUAAUCCUAACGCCUCUCGUGGGAUCUUCCUCUGCUAUGAUGUUUUCGGGAUAUUUGUUCAGGCAAUUAAGGGCGCUGACAUUCUUGCGUCAGACUAUCCUGAUAUGCCUGACGGUGUUGGUGAUUUCAAGGUUUUCAUGCCAGACUUUUGGGGGGACCACCCUCAAGACCUUGGGAACUUCCCGGCAAAGACCCCAAAGCAAAAAAAAGCAGUCGUUGAUUUCCUCAAUGGACCAGCGGAUCCUAAAAAAAUCCUACCUAUGAUUUCACCUCUGCUUGAGAGCUUCCAAGCAGAAAACUCCCAUAUUCAGAGUUGGUCAGUCGUUGGGUUCUGCUGGGGUGUCAAGAUUGCUUCGUUGGUGACUACCAAAGGAACGAGGUUUAAGGCUGCUGCUGGUGCACAUCCCACGUCGAUUGUGGUUGAAGAUGCAAAGCAUAUCACUGUUCCGAUGUGCAUUUUGCCUAGCCAAGAUGAAGUUCCCAAAUUGAUGGAAGAGUUUAUCACCACUCUUCAUCGGCAUUCACCCAACAGCUAUAUGGAAACUUUUCCUGAUCAAGUCCAUGGCUGGAUGACUUCUAGGGCUGACUUCAAUGAUAUCCAUGCCUUUGAAGGAGAUUUACGUGGUUACCGCAUUUUCAGAACCUUUUUGGCCCAACACAUAUAA